GCCUCCACUGCGAUGAAAACGUGGAUAUGAUCAGCACAAUGCGCUUCAAAACUCGAUCGUCUAAGUCUCAAUCAUAGUCGCGCAAAUGAAUCAUAUAGUCUUGUUUUAAUAUGGAACCUAUUGAACUUCAGCUUUUCCCAUCGUGUCAUGAGUGUCUGUCUUGGUCACAAGAUGGAGAACUUGCUGUGGCUGCUGGAGAAUACAUACACAUCCUAUCGCCAAACACUCAGCGCGAUGGGUCAGCAGCUGGGACAGCUGGGCCUUGGGAGUUCACGCGUCUCCGCGCGAAUGUCUUCACUAACAUAGAGUGGCCAACCACCAACCCUGCAGACCGCGAUAGCUUCUCUAUUGGUUCUGAGCAGUCAAUCAGCACAGUCGCUGGCAUUAAGUGGUCUUAUCCUGGAUUGGAAAAGUACAGACGCAGCAUCUUGGCAGUGCUAACUACGAACCUGCUCCUAUCGUUCUAUGAUUCUGGCGGGCUUCGAAACAAAUGGAGUCGAGUUUUUAUCGUCAACGAUGCGUUGAAAUUACAUUUUUCUCAGACAGUUGCUGACAGACGAGUCGUGGCACGAAAGUCGAAGAUACGCUCAUUCGCAUGGUGUCCGCCAUUGAAGCGCCAGAAGCAGCGACAAGAUGGACCAUCCGCGUUGCUGGAGCCGUGGGAAAGUCGUUGGGGUGUGCAUGUGCUUGCAAUAGCCAAUGAUGCCAAUGACCUGGUUUUCGUUCGAGUUUCCAGAACCGCGAGAAGUUCAAGCUCAGAAAAACCUUACGAUAUAGAGGUCCUAUCCGUGAUUUCUCUAGCAAACCCAGCAGAAACAUUUCCAAUGAUCCACGCGCCCUCGAUAUUUGUCUCGGCUGUGAAAUCAAAAGCUAGGAUAUCCCACGUCUCCUGUGGUCCGUGGAUUUAUGAGACCUCUGAAGAAGAUGCCAAGAUAUCAGCCAGGUCGGCCGUGGCAGUCGUCUACGGCACAAAACUAAAGAUCGUUUCUCUGGACGCGACCCUUACUCCUGUAGAGGAACAGGGGCUAUCAAGUCCUGGAUUCAGUGUGAACAUUACAUGCACAAAGAAUACAUAUAUCGAAUCUGCUGGAAAUUUGGAUAAUUAUCGAUUCACUGGAGAGCUCCAAUGGGUAUCUGAGGGAGAAUUCGAUUCGAUAACUAUUUGUGCCGGUGUCUUUUCAGGCCUUGUGACUGUGACUAUGCCUAGAACCAGCUAUGAAGGGGAGGAUAGAAAGUCAGAUAGAAUUGUUGUUCGCGAAAAGCCAUUUUUCCAAGACGUUGUCCCAGGCCACUCCACUGCAGAGGUUUCGGAGAAGACCAAGCACUGGGAACCCAUCAGUGCAACCACCAUUGUUAUCGACGAAGAAACAGGAAAGCAGACACUUCACGUGGGUACGCUAGGUGCAUAUGCAGAGAGUUAUACAUGUCCUACAAUGGAGGAUGGAAUGCAGGUUUUCCAGUCGCCAUGGAAGAAACAAAUGGAGGAUUUCCGCGAGAGAUUUGAUAUUGACCGGGACUUGGGUGGCUUGGCGGUUUCUAGGAUCUGGGGCAUGGAUUCAUGGAAGGGAUUCCUCGCCAUAGCAUUCACGUUGCAUCCAGGAGACAUGGUCGAAUACACAACCACAGCCGAGGAACGUACCACGCUUAUGAUCUCGCACCUCGAUGCACAGAAGGAUGUUUCUGUGGCCACAAUGCUGCACCCACCUGACCCAUCGCCAGAAUUUAUCUCGGAGAAACGAAAGAUGAUACUGCAGUUUACCCUCGGAUUAGAAGCGGAAAACCAGUACAACGAUGCUUGGUCGCAGAAGCUGUUAUACGCUGCAUGUCUUUGCGCAAUCACGAGCUGUCGUGAUGAGAAUAUUCUAUCUCUCGCUCACUCGGUUCUCGAAAAGUUGGAAAGUGCCACUGGUGUAGACUUGGCCGAUGAGAAAUCCAGGUGUAUAGAUGGCGAGUCACUUGCUGUAAGUCCCAAGUCUGCAGAGCAAUUGAGCGGUCCAGGUGGAACGCUCUUUGAGAAAUGCAGCAUAUGUGACGCUGGGAUUGAAUGGUACCAUGCAGCAGAGGCACAGUGCGCAGAAGGCCAUAUUUUCAUCCGCUGCGGCUUAACUUUCCUGUGCAUACCGGAACCGGGGAUAUCGAAAUACUGUUCUGUGUGUGAAACAGAAUAUCUCAACGACGAAGUAUUCGGGCCAGAAUGCGAUCAUGAAGAGCCUCAAGUAGUCUCCUCGAAGUACCAUUUGAUCUUCGAGGCCUUCGACACUUGUGCCUACUGUGGUGGGAAGUUUCAGGAUGGGCACUGAAUAGAAAUCUAUCCUUGCUGACAUUGCGAACUCGACAAUUA